GGUAUAUUGAGUUUUGCCUGGAAAUCAAAAAAAAAAAAAAAAAUUUUCCUGAACCAUAAUCUUUUGGAAGAAAUCAAGAAAUUACCUAAAAUUCUGCAUGAGGCUCUUUUUUACCUCCAAGCACGACAGCGGCGGUGACCUCCAAACAAAUCGACGGCAAUGGAGGAAGAGCGAUUCGGCAGCGGAGGGAGGAAGAGCAAAUUGACAGCGGUCGAAGGAGAUUUGAGCGCCGCUUGGAUGAUUUUGGUAAUUGAAGGACAGCGCAACCUCCAAGCACACUGGCGCCAACCUCCAAACAAAUCCACGGCAAUGGAGGAACAGCAAUUCGACGGCAAGUCUGAUGGUUCACAGCAAGUUUAUAUUGACAGCAAGUCUUCUCACAUAAUACAGAGCGGGAAAAAAACACAUUGAAUAAAAUAAAAAGGGCGAAGAAAACAGGAGGAAGAGUACCAUAGGUCUUGAUUGGCGCUUCAAGCUCCAAAAAGUUUAGGCUGCUGAAGGAAAAUUUCACGAGAAUAGGUGCUGAGAGUGCAGAUCUCCACUUCCGAUAGCCGGAAAUCCUGCUUACCCAUCACUAAGGGUUUUGCUCAACAGCAAUUGAAAUGUUUAGAAUUAACAUCGGUGAAGGACUUUUUCAGAUGGACGUUUUACAUCUAAAUUUUUCGUUAAGCAGUAACAAUGGAAGAUUGUUCGAUCGAAAGCGCCGGAAAAGGUUAGUAGCCCUAUUUCGGCAUUUUUGGUAUCUAGAUCUGUAAUUUUAGAGAAAUUGUGCAAUCAAAAGAUUGUUCAAGUUGGUGAAACAUCUGGGCAUGGGAAUAAUUCCUCAACUGGCAAAAAAAGAGUUUGGCUGGGGUUAGCGAAAAUCUUAAUAAUUGGGGAAAUGUGGAUACUAAGAAUCAUCUUGGUUUAAAUAGGAAACUUGAAUAUAUUGAACCAAAAUCUGUCCAUAAGCAAUUGAUAGCCAAGAUUCAAAAGGACGAAAUCCAAGAAGCCGUCGAUUAUUGGCGGUCAUCGAUUAUAUGCUAUAUACUGGGUGCAAACCCACUCUUCUAUGUGGUCAAUGGCUACCUAAGGAGAUUAUGGGGCAAAUUAGGGUGGAUAAAGUUUUACUUCCUAAUAAUGGAGUCUAUGUAGUAAGAUUUACAUCAGUUUCGACUAAAGAAGAUAUCUUGAAGAGCUGUGUAUCACUUUAAUGGCCGUCCUUUAAUAGUAAAAAAUUGGGAUGUUGAGAAGAUGAUUCCCGUGUGGAUGCAAUUCCCUAAAUUGCAGCUCAGAUAUUGGACAUCAAGAAUACUAAGUCGAAUUGCAAGUCUGUUGGGCAAUCCCCUGGAGAUGGACGAGAUGACAACCAUGGGCAACAGAACAGGGUAUUCUCGAGUCUUAGCGGAGAUGAAGAUCAACGAGACAAUGCCAGAAGAAGUUUGGUUUGAUGAUGAGAAUGGUGUAGUUCAGCAACAAAAGGUCAAAUACGAAUGGAACCCAGUUAAGUGCUUGAAUUGCAAGGGGUAUGGACAUGAGUCCACUGUUUAUAGGAAGCCACAAGCAAAGGCUUGGAAAGGAAAGCGAGCGGAAGGGCAGACUGACAAGGAAAUACCAACCGAGGCAACAAUAAUGGCCAAAGGCGACCUAGAUCAAACUGAAAAGCAGCAGGAAUUCACUAAAACUGAGAACAGUCAGAAAAGGAAUAAUGUUGAUACGGACCAGUCUGAACAAGAUAUAACUGAAGGAAGUUUAGUAAUGCAAGAGAAGGUAUUAAAAAAGCCAAUGCAGGAAGCUGAAUGUCUUGAGAGAGUGAGAAUAGUCACCUGAUAGGGUGAAGAGGCAGAAGGGUCAAUUACCUUCCUAUCUUUAAGAUCCAGUUUUGAUUCAAUUAAUCAUAUAGUGUAUAAUUUAUUGUUUAAUCGGG